AUGAAAAACUUUCUCAAAGGUUAAAACCACAAUGUUUUAAGUAUUGAGAAUUGCAAAAAAGAGGAACUGAUCUAAAAAGUUGAAAGCUUUUCUCAAGAGAUUGAUAAACGAAGCUAUUAACUCUUAGUAUACUUUUCAGGUAAAUGUAAGAUAAAGGAUAAAAAGAAUGGAAAUCAUGAUUAUCUUUGCUAUCUUGGAAAUGAAGCUGUAGAUUUGAAAUAAGAAUUAAACAGUAUAUUUAAAGGCUACAAUUUCAGGUAUCAAUUUAUCUACGAUGCAUAUCUUACAGAUAUCUCUUUUGAAGAGUAGAAAUUAAUGAGAGAAGUUUGCUGGACCUUAGUAAAUGAUAAAGUGAAUAAUGUUGAUCAAUUUUGUAUGAUUCAUAGCUCAACUUACUAUAAAUUUAAGAAUUUUGAGAUCAAACCCUCUUGUUCUUAUUCAACAGAUAUGCUAUUAUAUAUCUUAAGAGAUCCAAAUAAUCUUUCAAAAAUUACAAGGGCUGAUUAAUUCCAUUUGAUAAGCAUAUUUAAAACAUACUCAGAAGUUUUAACAUACCCUGAGUAUAGUAAAGAUUUUGCUGAUUUUUACAAGGAUAUGAUAGCAAUGAAGGGAUAUAUUGCUGAUACAAAGUAGAAAUAGGCAAUAGAAGAGAUGAAGAUCAUUGAGGAGAGCCCUGAUUAGAUUAAGCUUUUAGACUACGGAAAGAAAGGAGCUGGAAAAUUAAUAGAUUAGCUGAUUAUUGAUUAUGAGGGAGAUAUAUCUAAUAAAUUUUGUGAACCUGAUUAAUGCUUACUUCUACCAGGCCAACGAGAAAUACAGUGGAUUAGAUUCAUAUAUAAUGACCUUAAUUCAAAGUAAAACUUUAUGGUUCUCUGGUCUACAGAUUAAGUGUUUUUAGUAGAUCUCUUAGAAAACAAGAUAAUAUACACUUAAAAGUUUACAGGCGACUAUAUAUAUGCAGUUGCUUUCGUCCAAGGUAUAAGAAUCCUUGGACUCCUAUAUGAGUUUAAUCAUCAACCAUAUUUAAUAAACAUUGAUACUUUAAAGGAAUAUAAAGUGGAGACAAAUUAUCAAGGAAGUUACUUAGCGAUAAGCUAGUACCUUUCAAAAUAUUUAGUACUUGCCCCUAACAAUGACAAUUUGCUAUUUUAUCACGAUGUCAAUAAUAAAAUGCUAAUUGCAGGCAAACUCUCUCUUUAAAAGUCCUAAAUAUUCAGAGAUUUAAUUUGCUACAAGAAUUACAUUAUCGUUCUUAAAACAAAUGAAUAUAAUCAUGCAUAAGUAUAAAUAGCAGUUUAUGUCAUGCAAACUUAGCCUAAUGAAGGCUCAAAUCAAGCUUUUGUAGUUGGCUUAAUUUAUGAUCAUAGAUAUUGUGGUGAAGUUUCUACAAAGCUAGCUCCAAGCAUGCCAUUCAAUUUAAUUUUAAAUAAAGAUAGAUACUGUUAAUUAAGUUUGAUUGAAUUUCAGAAGAAAUUUACUAUUAAAACAUAAUCAGCGGGAGUUAUUUUACAUAACACUACAAAUUCUAUCUCAAAAGAUCUUUAUAGAAGCAUGCACGAGUUAGAUCGAAACUUUAAGUUCGUUGAAUUUGAUCAAGAUGAUAAAAGCUGUUUUUAUACUAUAAUAUCAAGCGGUGGUUAAAAUCAUUUAACAAGAUUUAGAAUCGACAGUUAACUCCUUGAUAUUUUCAAAAAAUAGGAAUGA